GAUGACUAGAGUUUAGUAUUUCGUGCCACGCCUUUGUACGGUAUUGUGUUGCGUUUUCUGUGUAAUAUGUAAGUGAUUUGAUGGUGGAGACAGGAAAUCACGGAAAGACACAUAUUGAGUGUGUGGCUUAGGAGGGCAAUCAUGGACUGCAAGGGAACUAGUUGGGUGAAAAAAGAGAAGAAUGAAAUAUAUGCUGAACCAGAAUCCUUGUUUCUUGAAGGUCCGCUAAAGAUUGUAACAUCUAGUCUUCAUAUAAAGCAAGACCUAGAACUGAAACAGGAGGAUGGCAUUGAGCGUGAUGUGGCAGCCUCAAUAAGAAAUGCAUCUGAUAGUUUAAGUUUCAUUCAAAGUGCUGGUGACAGCUGUGACAUUUCAUAUCAAGAAACAUUACAUCAAGGAGUAGUCAAUGACAAGAUGGAGAUAUAUGCAGAGAAGUCAACAGAUUUCAGUGUGUCUCACAACUUUACCAAAAUACAGACUUCACAAGAAGACGGCUUAUGUGGCAGAAGAUUAAGUUGUAGCAUCAGGGAAAAGGAAUUCCAUAAGUUUAACUGUAGUUUCUGCCUACAGAGCUUCUCUUCAAAAUACAGACUCAUAAUGCAUAUCUUCAUACACAUUGAUGGUGUGCAGGCACCUGCAUUUGUGUGUAAGUCAUGUGGUGAGGUAUUGCCCACUGAUGACUGCUUGAAAGAACAUUUGAGAAUGAGGAAGGGUGACCAAGCAUUAUCCGCUACCAACAGUGAGACACUUGAAUGCAGUGAUGAUCAUGAAAACAAUAUCUCCUUUGAGUGUGUACAAGAAGGAAUUGUGGAACACACUGCGGAGCCCCCUUCAAACAAGGUACCCAGGAAAAGCUUUAAAAAAUCCUUUAAUGACAUAUGUAAUACACAUAAUGUGAAACAAGCCGAAGAGAAACUCGAAAGAUGUAAUGACUGUGGAAUUUCAUGUACAAGUGACCAUUUUCAUGUCCAACCUGUGCUAAGUGCAAAGGGACAUCACAAAUGUGAUGUUUGUGGUAAAAUGUUUACUCUGUUAGGCAAUCUUAAGAAACACAGAAUAAUACACACUGGAGAGAGACCCCAUGAAUGCGACGUUUGUGGAAAAUCGUUUACUGAAAGGGGCAGUCUCAAGAAACACAAAUUAAUACACACUGGACAGAGACCACACAAAUGCGAUGUCUGUGGAAAAUCAUUUACUCAGUCGGGCAGUCUCAAGCAUCAUAAAUUAAUACACACUGGACAGAGACCACACAAAUGCGAUGUCUGUGGAAAAUCAUUUACACAGUCGGGCAAUCUCAAGACCCAUAAGUUAAUACACACUGGAGAGAGACCCCACGAAUGCGAUGUUUGUGGAAAAUCGUUUACUGAAAGGGGCAGUCUGAAGAAACACAAAUUACUACACACUGGACAAAGAUCACACAAAUGCGAUGUCUGUGGAAAAUCAUUUACUCAGUCGGGCAAUCUCAAGACCCAAGUAUUAAUACACACUGGACAGAGACCAUACCUUUGCGAUGUCUGUGGGAAAUCAUUUACCCGGUCGGACAGUCUAAAGUCCCAUUACUUAAUACACACAGGAGAGACACCCCACAAAUGUGAUACUUGUGGUAAAUUAUUUAAUGUAUUGAGUAAUCUCAAGGCCCACAAGUUAAUACACAGUGGAAAGAGACCCUACAAAUGUAGUAUUUGUGGAAAAUCUUUUACUCAUUGGGGCAGUCACAGGAAACACAAAUUAAUACACACUACAUAGAGACCACUCAAAGUAUUGUUGAGGUCUGUAGACCUACACAUGUUGAUAGAAGACCACACGUGUUUUAUGAAAAUUGUUCACAUGUGCUACAGAGAGGUCACAAAAAAUGACAAAUCCAUUUCCGCAGCUUCACAUUCGAAGAAGUUACAUACAAAAUACAACAUAUGAAGCACACAAUUGUGAUUUUUUGUUGCAAAUGCUCCAUCCUUUAAUUGUUCGGGCUACCCAAAAUUAAUGCAUUG